AUGGAAAUAAAUCCAGCAUUGCUUCACCUCAUUCGUGACUGUUGGACAGAGAGACCUUCCGAGAGGCCCACUAUUAGGGAAGUGUAUUCUCAGCUGAGAGGAAUGAACAACAACCGAAAUGACAAUCUGAUGGAUCACGUGUUCAAUGUGCUCGAAUCGUAUGCUUCUACUUUGGAAGACGAGGUGUCUGAGAGGAUGAAGGAAUUGGUUGAAGAGAAGAAAAAGUCCGACGUACUUUUAUAUCGAAUGCUCCCCAAACAAGUUGCCGAUAAACUGAAACUCGGACAAACGGUUGAGCCAGAAACAUUCGACAUGGUCACUUUGUUCUUCUCCGACGUCGUCAGCUUCACGACACUCGCUUCGAAGUGCACCCCGUUGCAAGUUGUCAAUCUGCUCAACGAUCUCUAUACGAUAUUCGACAGCAUCAUUGACCAACACGAUGUCUAUAAGGUGGAGACAAUCGGAGACGGCUAUCUGUGUGUGUCCGGACUGCCCCAUCGGAAUGGCAAGGAGCAUGUCCGACACAUUGCCAGCAUGUCUCUGCUCUUUGUAGGAGCUCUUGACAACUUUCGUGUCCCUCAUCUUCCGACCGAACAAAUUCGAAUUCGUGUCGGAUUUCAUAGCGGUUCUGUGGUUGCCGGAGUUGUUGGACUGACGAUGCCGAGAUAUUGCUUAUUCGGCGAUGCUGUGAACACGGCGAGUCGAAUGGAGAGUAACAGCAAGCCUGGAAAAGUGCACAUCUCGAGUGAAGCUAACCAACUGCUCACCGAGCUUGGAGGAUUUAUCACCGAACCCAGAGGGGAAGUUAUCGUUAAGGGUAAAGGAGUUAUGCAGACUUAUUGGCUUUUAUCAAUGCUGGAACACGGCGCACCAAAAUUAAAGGAAACUUAA